AUGGAGGCACCAAUCCCGAUGGACAACAAAGCAAAGAAUAUUCCUUAUGGGACAAUGAUGCCACCCCUUCAUCAUCCUCAGACGCUUCACGGUCCUCCACCUGGUUUUCAGCCAACACCACCACCGCCGCACGAUCAACCUCAUGGGCUGCCCGCACCUAUACCUCAUACCAGUGCUUACGAAUGGCGACAACAACCAUACCCUCCAUCGCACUAUGAAGCUGCUGCUCAGCGUCGCCAUUCAAAUCCAAUCGCCCACCCUCCGCCACAGUCGCAACCGCCUGGUCCAGGACCUCCCCCUUCGCAUUCCCACGCCCCUUAUCCUCCACCACCACCACCACAACACCCUCCCGCUCAGCCGCCAAGUCGAGAAUUACCUCAACCUCCGCUAGGGGAUCCAUACCAUCGUCCAAACAGCCUACCAGCUCCCGCGCCAUCGCAUUCAGUAUCAGAGCCUCAUUCUCCUCGACCUUAUAGACCUAUGAAUGGCGCACAACCUGAGCCUACCCCGCAUUCCGCGCCUCCUCCCAGUGAUUAUAGAACGUCGCGCAUACCUUACGCCGGCCCUGGAGAGCCUCCAGCGCCGGGAAUCACUAACGGCGAACAUACUGGCCCGCCGCCGGGCUACUUGCAACAUGCCCCGCCUCAUCACGGUCAGGCUCCUCCAGGAGCUAUGUAUGAUGGUGGUAUUGUACCUUAUCCACGUCAGCGAAAAGCUGCCAGAGCUCAACAGGCUUGUGAUCAAUGCCGAGCACGCAAAGCCAAGUGCGAUGAAGGUCGCCCGGCAUGCAGCCAUUGUAGGGAAAACAACAUUGAGUGCAAAUACAAAGACAUUCCUCCACAGAAGCAAGAAAAGUCCACCCAGUUGGUCUUGGACCGCUGCCAGCACAUUGAGGAAACCCUGACGGAAAGAAUCGCGGGAUUGGAAAAACUCAUACGAUAUUUCAUCGAGAAAAGCGAUGUCCCUCUUCCAGUCGAAGCUUCGCCUGAAAGUUCACCUGAAGAACCACCUCAGAAACUUGCCAAGGACACUACUACAACGCCAAAUGCUUUGGUAGAAUCGAAACCGCCGACCCCUGCUGCGCUAGAGUUAUCUGGGGUGGAUUCGAAGAGAAUUCCCGAAGCGAAAUUGCUUAGCUAUAUAAAUACCGUGCAGCAUAUGCAGUCUCAACCUCUUCCCAAAGUUCAAAACCAAGAACCAGAAGGAGAAUUAUCCGUCCCACAGAACCAUACGACAGCUGCCCACAAGCUACUCAAUUGGAAAUCAAUUCGGAAUAUAUUGGACCGUGAAAUUGACCCGGACUAUGUCUUGAGGAACGAAAGAAAACGAGGCUUGAUUCGCAUUUAUGGGUGCGGUGAAGGAGUUGGCCACGAUACUGAGUACUACUUGCGGCAUGGCCCUCAGUCCCCUCCGCCUCAGCCUCAAGGGUUAACCGGCUCUUCUGCUAGCCCUGCAACAAACACAUCAACUCCACGUGUUGACGAAGAGUAUUCCCAGGCUAAUUCGCCCAAUUGGGGCUAUGGGCUACCAAUGCCUCCCCAAGGUCGAGUGAAGGAACAUGCUGGUGGUCUCGAUCCAUCAGGUCAUCUCAACACCCAUCCUGAUGUCGUUAGGCGUCUCGUUCGCAGCUACUUGUCUAAUAUGCAUAUUCUUCAUCCCUUUAUGGAUGCGACAAGGCUAAAUCAGAAAGUGGAGAUGUUUAUCCAGCAAUAUGCGCCUCCUAGAAAUAGCAUGAUAAACAGCGCGACCGAAGGUCGUGGUAUGAAGCGAAAGCGCUCGGCUGAGCACAUGCACAUGGUGGCUCCCGAAAUGUCUCCGUCACCAAGCUUGAGCUCGGAGAAAUGGCCUUCUCACAGGAUAGAGCACUCGAUCGAUAACGCGAUAAUAUUAAUGGUGCUUGCUGUAGGCGCGAUCUGUGAGCAUAAAACUGCACUGCCUGGCUUUGCACCAGAUCCAAAUGAAAGGCCCCGCGCCAAGCAGGAGUUUGCAUCCUCACCAGAAGUCCAAGCUGUGCUCAACGAGAUUCUUUCACCAACGCCUGGGCCAGCCUCGGGGCUAAAUGCUCAGGCGUUUGAUACUCCUAAUUUCCCAUCCCCGGAUCCUGCAUGGGAGUGGAAGACCCCAAGCCAAAGGCCUCACUCCAGAUAUGGCCUAGAGAACAACAAUGAAGCGUCUUACCCCAAAAAUGUAGACGUGAUUCCAGGCUUAGCCUACUAUGCGUAUGCUGCGGGUAUCCUCGGCGAGAUGCAAGGUGGAUGCGAAUUGCCUUUCGUACAAGCCUCGAUUCUUGCAAGCUUUUAUGCCGGUCAACUAGCUCACCCGUUCCAGAGUCAUGGAUGGAUUUGCCAGGCUGCUAGAGCCUGUUCAUUCUUGAUUCGAGCAAUUGAUUAUAAUAACAUUCCCGCAAGGACCACCUUUCCCCUGAAAGAGUUAUGCGAAUUCGCUUAUUGGACUUGUCUACAGCACGAAAGUGACCUUUUGGCCGAAUUAGAUCUGACGGCCAGUGGCGUAUCUCAAUCCGAGACGGAGAUCGAGCUCCCCAAAGGCUAUCUCACUAUGACUGAGCCUCUCGUGAUGUUCUACUACUCGGCGCAAAUUCAUCUCCGUAAAGUCCUGAACCGAGUCCACCGAGAUCUCUAUGACAUCAAGGUCGAGCAUCUGCCUGAUAAAAUUCUGGGUGUUCUUGGUCUGAAUCUCGAUGGCUGGAAGCAGAACUUGCCAGAGGGGAUGCAGUGGCAGGAGGGAGACGAACCUUCGAGCGACAUAAACACUGCACGUCUACGUGCAAAGUAUUAUGGUGCUCGCUACAUAAUCUACCGACCCGUCCUUGAACGUGCCCUACAUUCUAAGUCACCUAGAGCGGAAGGGAAAGGGAAGACAGAGAAGGAUUCCAAGCCAUUGGCUUCGUUCAAGGCACAUGAUUUUCAAGCGCCCAGUAUGACAAGGUGGUCCAGUGAACCGGGACUGCGCCCAGAUUGGGGAGAGAACGACCGCACAGAGACAAUACACUAUGACGAGCUAGAUGACGAAACGCGACGCGCAUGCGAGCAAUGCAUCACGGCUGCGAUUCAAAGCACCAAAGCAUUUCAUAAUAUCAAGGGUCGACCCAUCGUGACCAAUAUUUUUGGGACUGCUCAUGCCCAAUUCGGCAACAUGCUUGUCCUUUCCGCAACUUACAUGUCUAAUCUUAGUCGACUGGUCGAUGCUGAUGAACUCGAGCGUCUCCUCCAGCGCACCAUUAAGUUCCUCGCCAUGUACAAGGAUAUCUCACCGACACUCAUGGCCGAUGCUCAAAUCCUCUCCGGCAUCUACUACAAGAUUUUUAAAAAACCACUUCAGGCGAGCUUCACCACGGAAUCUUUCGGCAGUACAUGA